UCCAUUGCCACUUCCAUUAGCAAGACAAGGAGACAGUCAUUUCGGAGCGUGUGGGUGGGGGGAUUCGUACGUAUUAUCUCUGGUCUCUUCGUUUAACACCAUCACCACCAUUAUCCGUAGAAUUUCAGUAUUCCGCAAAUGCCAUUGAUCGUCACAGCCGCAUCAGUACCGUUUGAUUACAGUACCAUCCAGUUGUGCAGUCAAUUUGAUUGCAAAACGCAUGCGUGGACAUUUCGACCAGCAACAUCAAGGAUUUCGACGCGUGAUUUCCAAGCAGGUCAAACAAUCGAUGGAUAUUGCUCUUCGAUUCGGCCAAGGCGACGAGACUAGAGAGGAAAAUCUGGACCUUCCUAUUAUUUUGUGCACGCAACCUUAUCCAGAAAACUACGCACAUAAGGAAUAUGAAGAGUGUGAAAUGGAAAAAUGUGUUGGAAAUGUCAACGACUCUGAUUUCUUGGAUCCUCUUUUGCAAAAACGGGAGGAAAAAUUUGAAGACUAUGGGGAAAGGAAAGAUGUGGAUUACUCCCCAAACAGCCCAAGCCCUGAUAAUGACCCCAAGGUCAAUUGCUUUUCAAAUUUAGAAACCUCCCUUCCAUCAAGUGGAGGACAUGCAACUCGGAAAAUUCAGCAGCUGUAUACUAGUGAACUACUGGAUAUCAACUGUUCUCAGUGCUGCAAGAAAGUGAACCUGCUAAAUGAUUUGGAUGCUCGCCUUCGAAACAUCAAGGCGAGCAGCCCCAACAGAAAUAUAUCCAGCACGGCAUUCGGACACCAACUGUUCCAAGCCAACCACAAUGCGCUGGAUUCAAGUCAAGAGAGCAGCACGGAGGAUUUAUUCACAGAAAGUAUUGACUCUUGUGAUCUCAACAUUACAGAGAAGGUAAGUUAUCUUGAGAAGAAAGUGACAGAACUGGAGAGCGACAGUUUGAUGAAUGGGGAACUCAAGUCUAAACUCAAACUGGAAAAUACACAACUUGUCCAUCGUGUACAUGAACUAGAGGAGCAGAUGAAGGAUGUCGAGGCGAGGGCAGAUCAGAAUCUGGAGGAAGAGACGAAGAGACACAGUGAAGUUUACUGCAAGAUGGAGAGGGACAGAAACACUGAGAUAGAUUUACUUUGUACCAGAAUACAGCAGUUGGAGGAAGAAAAUGGAGAAAUGAAGACGAAUGUGUAUCGACUCAAGUCUCAGGCAGAGAAACUGGACCAGGAGAAGCAAAAGAAGAUGGACAAGCUAGAGGACACAAGCCUGAGGCUAAAAGACGAGAUGGAUCUAUAUAGGAAGGUAAUUGACAAACUGUGGCAUAACCGCCGUGAGUUUAAUAAGGAAAAGGAGGCUAUGCAAGAGCUGAUCGAUGAUCUACGCAGAGAACUGGACUACUUGCAUUUGUUUAGGAUGGAAGUGGAGCAUCCCGGAAAGGGAAAGGGCCCUUAUGAGCACAAUACAAAGCCUAGAGAGGUGGAAAUGGAACAAGAAGUCAAAAAAUUGAAACAGGAGAACCACAAAUUGCGAGAUCAGAAUGAUGACUUGAAUGCUCAAAUUCUAAGUCUAAGUUUGUAUGAGGCAAAGAGCCUGUUUUCCUCCCACUCAAAGGUCCAGUGUUUGGCUGCUGAGAUUGACAAUGCAUCAAGAGAUGAGCUGGUUGACGCUUUGAAAGGACAGGAGGAGAACAACCUGCGUUUGAGGAAAUACAUGGACAAAAUAAUUUUGGCCAUUCUUGACCAUAACCCCUCAAUUCUGGAGAUCAAAUGUUAAACACAAUUCAAUCGAAAAUAUCACAAUGUUAAAUGGAUAAAUAUCAAUAGAGGUACAGUCUGUGUUCAUGAACAGUGUUGGGAGUUAAGGUUUACAAAGUAUCAAAUUACUGUAAUAUUGUUAAUUAUUUGAGUAUGACCAAAUAUUACCCACUACAUCAAAAAACUAGCGGGAUGACUAUACUGAACCGUAAGAACAUGAUUAUUUAUGUUAUUCGAGCCAGCUGUUCUUUGCACCAAUGUUGUUGUCGUUGUUGGUCUUCUUCUUUGUCUUCAGAUUCUCUCGAUGUAUUCCGGCAAGCUUUGCAUAGUGCAAUGCUGCCCCUUCUGUUCAAUUUACAUAAACACAAAUGUUGUUCCUCGAUGGGGAAAAUGCCACAUA